ACUAGGUCCAUCCUGAGGAUCCCAUAUAUCCCUAAUUCCUCGGACUCCUACGAUCUGUGAGCGUCAGUUGAUUCUCCGACGAAACGAUGAAGCGCAAGCUCGAUGAGAACGACGAGCCGUCGGCUUUGGCCAAAACGGGAACGUCUUCAACGGCCGAUACCUCCUUCUCUGAUCUGGGGCUCGACCACCGUCUUGUGCAGGCCAUCGCAAAACAGAACUUCUCGAAACCUACCAUGGUGCAACGGACGGCCAUUCCUUUGGCACUUGAUGGCAAGGAUAUAAUUGCCAAGGCCAAGACUGGCUCCGGGAAAACUGCUGCUUACGCCCUACCUGUGAUUCAGAGUGUAUUGAAGCGGAAGCAAACGGAUCCCACUGCCGCAACUACCGCCCUCAUAUUGGUCCCAACCCGCGAGCUCGCCGAUCAGGUCUUCAAGGCGGUCGAGCUCUUCUCCUCAUUCUGCGCAAAAGAUGUGCAGGCCGCGAAGCUUUCGGAUAAGCUCUCCGAUGCUGUGCAGCGCUCUAUGCUCUCUAGUCACCCCGACAUUGUCAUAUCAACACCCGCCCGAGCAUGGCAGUGCAUCGAAUCGUCGGCCUUGUCUCUAGACAAGUUGACCCAUCUCGUUCUUGACGAGGCGGAUCUUGUCUUGUCAUAUGGUUAUGACGCCGAUCUGCAAAACAUUGCGCAGGCAGUGCCCAAGGGUGUGCAAACCAUCCUCACAAGUGCAACUAUCACUGCUGAGGUCCAGACACUCAAGGGUCUUUUCUGCCGGAACCCUACAAUGCUGGACCUAAAGGAGGCUGAUGCCGAGGGAGAAGGUGUGCAGCAGUUUGUUGUCAGGUGUGCAGAGGAUGAAAAGUUCCUCUUGUCCAUGCUCAUUUUCAAACUGAAGUUGCUCAAGGGCAAGAGCAUCAUCUUCGUGGCCGACGUGGACCGGUGUUAUCGUCUCAGGCUGUUCUUUGAACAAUUCGGCAUUCGAAGCUGUGUCUUGAACUCGGAACUUCCUGUGAAUUCGAGGAUACAUGUUGUCGAGGAGUUUAAUUCCGCCGUUUACGACAUUAUCAUCGCUUCGGACGAGAACGAAGUGCUCGGGGAUGAAGAUGACUCACCAGAAACGGAUGGGACGAAGGAUGCAGGCGAGCCAGGAGACAGCGGGCGCACGGAAAAGGGGUCCCGACCAAAGAAGAAGCGGAAGACGCCGAAACGCGAUAAGGAGUAUGGCGUCUCGAGAGGUAUCGACUUCAAAAAUGUGGCAUGCGUGAUCAACUUUGAUCUUCCUACCUCUGCAAAGUCGUAUGUCCACAGAAUCGGGCGGACGGGCCGUGCUGGCCAAACGGGCAUGGCAUUGAGUUUCGUCGUCCCGUCCGAACUCUACCGAAAGCACAUCCCUACAAGCAUCAAAUCCGCGGAAAACGACGAUAAGGUAUUGGGCAAGAUCGUUCAGCAACAGGCAAAACAAGGGAAGCAGGUGAAGCCAUACGUUUUCAAUAUGGACCAGGCUGAAGCAUUCCGAUAUCGAAUGAAUGACGCCCUGCGUGCAGUCACAAAGGUUUCUAUCCGAGAGGCGAGGACUAGGGAAUUGAGACAGGAGCUGCUCAAAAGCGAAAAGUUGAAGCGGCAUUUCGAGGAGAAUCCGGCCGAGCUGCAUCACCUCCGGCACGACGGGGAGCUCAGAGCAGCCCGGACCCAGGCACAUCUGAAGAAUGUACCUGACUAUUUGCUUCCCAAAGAAGGGAAGAAGGGCCUCACGUCGGAGGAGAUUGGUUUCGUCCCACUUAGGAAGGACGACAAGAAGUCUCGGGGGUUCAAGAAGGGCAGGGGUAAGGGGUUCAAAGUGGGUGCGCGGAAAGGCGACCCUCUCCGGACAUUUAAGGCCAGGAGGAAGACCAAAUGAAGAUCCGGGGAUUGAUGGAUGAUACAUGUGGCCCCCGCCAUGGGGCAAGCUUAAAGAACAAUCUAUGAGAGGCCUGGAAAGAGUAGAGAACCUUGGCCUCCACCGUUUUCAUGUCAAGACCAGGUCACUUACAACCAGUCCUCGGCUUUCGAAGUUGCAGAUUAGAUGACCGCUGUUCUUCUUCAAUGCAUUGGUUGAGACUAGCAAUAAUGUUUAAUGAAUGCCAUGCGACGUCGUAAGUGCAUCGGCAAGCCAAGCAGUUUGGGGUUGGUCCAGAAACGGUCGAAGUUCUUGAACGGGAUACUGAAAGUCCCUAGUUCGGGCAGGGGUGGAUGCAGGUCCCGGUUACGGGUGCAGAUAGUUCUAUACUUGAUUUCUUGCAGAGGUUCCUACUAUAUUACGGGUAUGCGAUUAACAGCCAGCCUAUCCCCG